AUGAAGCUUACUGCGCAGCUUCUCGUGCUCUUCUUCAGCAUUCCUUUUCUGGCAGCCUCGCACAAGAGCCACAGGCAUGGCGAGAGGCAUGGCGAGAAGCAUGGCGAGAAGCAUGGCGAGAAGCAUGGCGAGAAGCAUGGCGAGAAGCAUGGCGAGAAGCAUGGCGAGAAACAUGGCCACAAGCAUGGCCACAAGCAUGACCACAAGCAUGACCACAAGCUGGGCGUGUCUCACAAGUCCAGGCAUUCAGACAAAGCAGGGAAGCUGCGGCACUCCGAGUCUGCUGUUGAGGAGGCGCUGAGCAUGGAUCAGGAGGUGGUACAUGCUCACAGACAGAAACUGCAAGAGCAGCACGAGGAGCUGCUUGAAAAGCUUCGAGGUCACCAUGUGGGUCCUCGCGGCGCGAACAUGCCUUCAAAUCUGGACUUUGCCAUGCUAGGAAGCCAUGUAGCGGUGGCCAACGAAGAAGUUUCGCAGGGACACAGGCAUGCGAACAUGGUCAUUGACGGCCAAUCCUCCCUGCAACCGCCAAUCGCGACAAAGCUCACGAAGGAGGAGCUGGAUGAGUUUUUGGGCGAGCUGAGCCCUGCUUGCCACAAGCAGUUCCAAGCCAUGCUCGAGGGACAUGGCCAAGCAAGAGAUCUACAUCAUUUCGGCCAGAACGCCACCGAAACCUGCAGCAGUUUGGGCGGAGCGUUAUGCGAGAAUCAUGCGCGAAUCUUGCAAACUAACGUGGUCCGAGACGGUCGCAAAAUGGUGGCGAAGUCCGCUGUUGAUGGCAAGAGCUGCCUGCCAAGCCAAUGUAUUCAGGAUGCAGACUUGCAUUUGCUUGCGGGCAUGUUGCAGCGCAAAGCUGUUGAAGCACUUGGACCUGCAUCGGUGGGCCAACAGCCUGUGGAGGUGCUACUGGACGUUGACUGCAGCUUGAGCGGCGGCGCAAGUUAUGCGGCCACCAGGGAAUGGUCGAUGGAACAGGCUGGCCCUGCUCGCUCUAAGAGCAUUGGAAGCAGGAAUGUUAACGUGCUUACAACGUUGAUUCUCGGGUGUUCUUUGAUUUUAAGUCGUGUCUUGUAG